GGACUUCUUGCGCAUUGGCGAUAGUACAUUUUAGGACUUCUCAGUAAGUUGAUCUAACGUUAACGGUCCAGAGUCAGGUUCGAAGGAAGAGGACCAGAAUGGCAUCUUACACUAGCAAUGUCCACCAUCAGGCAAGUGUCAAUGGAGACGACGCUAAUAUUGAUGCUUUCACUUCGGGUGUCGGUCUGCACGAUGCACGACACAUGACGCCGUUCACACUAUGGUCUCGCAGCGGUCACAGUGAUUCCUACGAACUCAAGGAUUGUAUUGUGAACAGCAUUAAGAGAAUGGAAAACCUUGACAGAAGUGAAUCUGAAGAGGAGACUGAUCUUCAGGGAUUAGUGUCCAAUAUUUUGGAUGAAGGUGACGCCCAAGGCCGAAACCUUCCUACUGGAAGCUCUCUAUGGUGUCCAGAACCUUCGAUAGAAGACUUUUCAACAUAUUUUCAAUCAGAGAAUACACAGGACAAUACUACAUUUUUUUCUAACUCUAUUCCCAGUAAUGCUUUCCUUCAAGGACAAAUGGAGUCGCCGAGCAAAAAUGUCCAUUUCCCUCAACAGCCCAUUGGCGGUUCUUCUCAUCGGCAGUGGCAUGUCGGUGUUCCUAAUGGAGACAGAAACGGCCUCUGUACCCGUCCCCGGAGGCUACCGCCAGGUCUUCCCAUUGUCAAAACAGGAAACCACAUCCUGUCACGGACGCCGAGCGGCGAGUAUGACCUGUCAGCUGAUUUGCAGCAAGCAAAUCAUCGCCCCGUUAACGACUUCCCUCAAAUCAGCCAUGUCUUUCAGCAACAAAACGACAUGUGUAGCUCUUUAUUUCAUCUUCACCGUGAAGGCCACCGCAAUGGAAGAAGUGCAACGCCCAUGACUAAUAUCGAGCAGCACCUCCCAGAAGACAUUAACCAAUCUGUGUUUGGUUUCAAGUCACCCUUGGCUUAUGAGUCUAACGGAGGACAUUUUAGAGCUUUUCCAAACAUGCAAGUAAAUACACAACAUUCCGAAGAAUGCAUGGAUGAACAAUGGAAAAUCCCGAUUCGGGCAAUGCCACCAGUGCACACCCAAAAACAGCUGGAUGGAUUAUUGUGGAGCAGAAAAGAUAAAGCGGGAAAACCAAUAGUUAAGCAUCAUGGCAUUCAAGGAUUGUCAGGGUUUGGCAAUGAAAAUGAAUAUUUUCUGCAAAAAAAAAACAACUCUCCGCCUUUAAAGCAACCAAACCAGUACCAGAAUAUAAUAAACAGACACCAGUUUUCAAAUCACUGCACCCAGCAGUACAAUAUGAAGCCACAGGAAAAGAACAGAAUGCCUGGCUUAUUUGGAGAAAGACCCCAAACCCCAAAUUACAAGUCAUCACACUUCCUGCUCAACAUGCAGAGAGCAGCAACAGAAGACCGUAUGGGGGCUAUGCAGCCAUCGAUACCUCUCACGUGUACCGCCGGGUCUCAUGCACACCGCAAUUUAAGAUACACUCCUCCAAAGGGAAGCGUUCCUCCUGGUACUUCUCCUAUGGUGUCCAACCACCAGGCUGCGGCAUUGUACGCUCAACUCGAUGACUCCAAAUAUGGAGAGAGUUAUGGCAUAGGCUCAGCUUCGGAAGCUCCGUUGGAAAAUAACGAAGGGGUACUCAUGAUGCAGCUUUACCUCCACCUGGAUGAGUGCUAUGAGGAGUGGAGGUACUUGGAGGAGGAGUGGAAGAAGACAGAAGUCACUCUCGCCAAAACAUUUCCAGGGGAAUGGAUGCCACCUCUGACUUCCACAAGUCCCACCGUCUCGCCGGCGAAGCCGUCGGGAGUUGAGGAUCUCAUCUUGAACCAGAAGAAGGAGCAAUGGAGGGUGGAGUGCCUUUUGUAUAAAAUGGAGGGUGUUUGCAACAUACCGCUUCAUGCCGGCGUCUGCGUGGCAUUGACCAAUCAUCACUCGACCUUAUCACGCAUCUCUGAGCUUGUGGGCGUGUCCCAGCAUCAUCACCGGGAUAGAGAUACCGUAUUGUUGGUCAUGGGCCUGAAAGAGCUCGCGGCAGCCACCAGGAAACUCCGUACGGCUCUGUGGUGCGCUCUUCAGAUGUGCCUGCCCGAACCCGUCAAGACACCGGACCGCCAUGAUGUAAACAGGGAAGAGACACACACACACAACCGCCCCUCUUCUCCCUACGGGGGUUACUCUUUUAGGAUCUAGUAAAAAAAAUCCUAAAAAGAACCCAUUGCUGUCAACCUGGUGAUUGGAUUUCCUCUAUUUUAUUUAAACAUCACUAUUUAUGUUCGUUAUUAUUUAUUGACCUGUUAAACUCGCCACUAUUUGAAUCAUAAUCAAACGAAUACAUUCAAUUUUUUUCCUGAAUUAUUCGGAACGGUUUCGAAAAAAAAGGGGUAGCUAUCUGAUAGAUAUCUGGACUAUGUUUUUAAUUCAUAAAUCAGUUUAUUUUCCACCGGGAGCACAAUUCAUUAAUACUGCGUCAUACUACAAUACUAUCAGUGAAGUGUAAAACGGGAAUGUUAAGGUCAACAUUUGGGGGAUUAAAUAUAAAAAGAAAAAUAUCUGAGACUUUAGUUUUGUUCGGGAAAUAAUGCACAAUUUAGUGUAGUUUUAUCACUAAAAGUAAACAUUUGAAUCCAGUUUUAUUCGCGAUUAGUUUGUCAGUUUGACAUUAAAAAUGGCAGCUCAGUUGUUUAGCUGCUGGAUUGUCAGUAUUGCGGUUGUUCCGGUCGUUGGUUAUUUAAUGUGAUGUUAUAAUGUUGGUGUUUUUUCUCCACUGUACAUGUUUGUACAUGUAAACGUUUAAAAUUAAAAGCAUUGAAAUUGAUCCAUUUUUUUUUUUUUAACUUCGAAACAUUUUUUGUUUGUUCAUGAUCUCAGUCAAU